AUGAGUUGCUGGCCGAGUUGGCACUGGCGCGUCCCUCAGAAGUACCUACCUGGCAGCUAAUAUAAGAUAAAAGUCUGUAUGAGCGCGAAAUAAACUCUGUUUCUGGGCAGUCUUCAUCUGUAAAACAGUUGAGGCUGAGCUGUGCAGUAAUGCGGAGCUGACUCUGCUGGAGGACCAGAACCCCGGUAAACAGUAAUUAAACAGUAAAACUGUAAACAGUGAAGAUCAGUAAAGAGCAGCUGAGCGGCUAAAGCGAUGUCCAGUCCUGACCCUGAACCCAGAUUAUACUCUUUAUCCAGGCAGCUGUGUGGUAUUUCUGCUCACACACUAUGCAUUGCCUUUACCGGCCUCAUGGCGGCGCUGGCGAAGCCUGGAUCCAGUUUGUUCUCCUGGCAUCCUUUCCUGAUGACCAUUGCGUUCUCCUUCUUUAUGACAGAGGCGAUUCUGCUCUUCUCUCCGCACUCGUCUCCAGUGGGAAAGCUGAAGCAUCAGACUAAAGUUCGUCUGCACUGGAUCCUUCAGAGUCUCAGCAGCUUCUGCGCUGUUGUUGGUCUGAUUACCAUCUUCUACAACAAACACCUCAAUGACAAACCGCACUUUACCAGCUGGCACGGACUGAUCGGAGUUAUAACGGUGUGUGUUGUUGUGCUGCAGUCGGUGGGUGCACUACCUCUGUUGUAUCAUAAACUGGCUAAAGGCUGGUCCCUGGCCAAGUUGAAACGUUACCAUGCUGCUUCUGGACUCCUCACCUACCUCUUGGGAAGCUCCAGCCUGCUGCUGGGCAUCUGCUCCAGCUGGUUCACAGGCAGUGUAAGCGGGUACGCCUGGUACCUCUUCGUUUUUUGCCCUGUGUUAGCCGCCCUGGUGGUUAUGAGUCAGGUCACUAAUGCUUAUGUGGCCAAGAAACGCCUGCAGUACUGAAACCCCGGCUCUGGAGGAAGCAAUUCCAUCAUUCCCCAUCUUAUUUCUGUAGGUUAUUGUAGCUAACAAUGAAUGGAGGACUAUCUACGUGUGUCCAAAUAAUUAAUCUCACACACUCACCUCAAAUUAUAAACAAGGAAUGAAAUAUGGACACAGUUCAAACUUCAAUGUUAAUUGCUGUUGUAUUUAGCUAUCCUAAUGUUCUUUAAUCAGUGUUUAUAGAUCAUACUGUGCCAAUUAAGAGUGUUAAUUUAAGAGAACAUGCUCCUUCUGCCUUUUUAUACGAUUUGUAUGUCUGUAUGUUUCUAUAGAACUAUGUGUUUUACACCAAAUUCUUCAUUAUUGAUGAAUUUGUUUAAAUAUUCAGCAUUUAGUCAUUCAAGAAAGAAUUACAUUUUCAUUCAAUUUAAUUUAAAUAUCUUGAAAUGCAUUUUUAAAUACCUCAGGAAAGCCUCGGGGGCAGUGACUUUAAGGGACAAGGGCCAGUCUGUACUGUGGGGACCCAAAGAGAACUGAAAAUAAUGUGCCUUAAAUGUAAUAUAUUACGCAAAUCGUUGCUGUCCAAUAAAAAAAUCUCUGUUUUGGUUGAUUUUUAGUUUACUCCAUAAUUUGAACACA